UCUGCUAAAUAUGUUAAGCAUGUGAAGGUAGUUUCUUAUUUGUCUGUCACUGGUAAAGCUCCUACAUUUGGAUUUAUUUUAGCACUUUAGAAAAACACCACUGAUGAUAACAAUCAUAACUCUCUGGGGGCUUUUCUGAGACUGUGGAGGGAUCCUUGACUGAAAACAGGAGAUGGCAGAUGGUAUUCAGAAGACUGGUAGUCCAGUGGUGGGUUCAUGGACUCCUGUGAUCUGUAACUGCUGCAAUGUCCAGACCAUCCAGCCUUUGAUUGCAUUAGAACUGACCGAAAACAUCUGCUUAGAAACCAAGCGAUGGUUGAUGUCCAAGAUUGAGGGAAUGAAAAAACAUGGAGGGGCCGAGCUGUUGGUACAUCCAGGUGAGGAUGAUGAUGGGAACCUUAUACUAAUUUCAGCCACAAAGCACUCCUUGCUGAAAGCCACAGAGGUCACAGGGCUAGCCAAACCAUAUUCUAAUGGCUCCAUGAUGGUGUUCUCCUACAAUGAUAGGGCAAACUUCACAGAUGCUGAUGAUGUAGAGAAAUUUCUGACACUGUCUGAGCGUCAGUACCUGGUGAAACAUGAACUGGAUAGUGUCAAGGCCACCAACGAUACACAUAUCCCUGGAUAUCCAAUGAUAAAGCUCUGUGAAGGUGCAUCCAUCUUACAUAGUCUCCAGAAGAGAAGAAUCGUGUUAAACAUCUACCCACUGCAUGAUGAGGAGAAGCUGAACACACUGACGAAGGCUUGGUACUCUCAGUUGUACCAAGUAAUGCAGCCUAUUGAUUUUGUCCGUGCCUACUUUGGAGAUCCUGUUGCCUUUUACUUCAGUUUCUUGGGAUUCUUCACCAUUUCUUUAGUGCCCAUGGCUGUGGUUGGUGGCAUCUACUACUUAUUUCCUAUUGAUGCACUGGCUAAAUUUGUGUUUGUUGCUGGAUUUAAUGUAAUCUGGUCUACAGUAACUCUGGAACUCUGGAAGCGGUACAGUACUGCCAAAGCCUAUCACUGGGGAUCUCUUCUCAUGAAAAAACAAUUUGAGGAGCCACGUGUGAACUACUGGGGUUCUGUUAGUGUAAAUCCUGUUACUGGGAGAAAAGAGCCCUACUGGCCUAGAUGGAAGCGAAAACUGAGAGUUGCCAUGGGAUCAGCCCCUGCAGUCUGUGUAUUCUUGGGACUGGCAAUGUUGGGGAUGGUAGGGUUUGUGUGGUUGGAAACCUGGGCUAAGGAAUAUUAUGAAAAUGACUCUGAACUCUCACUGAUCAUAUUUUAUCUCCCCUGUGUUGUUCACACCUUAUACCUCAAUACUCUGAGCUCCAUCUAUGAAACUGUGUCAAAAACACUGACAGAGUGGGAAAACCAUCGACUGGAGUCCUCAUUUCAGAGUUACUUAACCCUUAAAGCACUAGUGUUCAGUUUCUUCAACGGCUUUGCUACUUUGUUUUACAUUGCAUUCUACAUGCAGGAUCUGGAGCUACUACAGAAGAAGCUGAUCUCACGACUCAUUGUGCCACAAAUAACUGAUCAGCUUACAGAAACCCUUUUGCCCUAUGUUUGCCAGAAUCGGACUGUACAGCAGUGGAAAAAUCCUAAAGUGGUGCAAGAUAAUGAGCCUUUCAUAGACAAGAUUAAAGAUCAGGGCAACCUGCCAGGUUUUCCUGGGAUAUUUGCAGACUAUAUGGAACUCUUCAUGCAGUUUGGCUUUGCCUGUCUAUUCUCCUGUGUUUGCCCACUAACUGCAGUACUGCUGUUAGUUAACAAUGUCAUGGAAAUCCGAACCGAUGCAUUGAAGUUCUGCAGAGUCUUCCAGAAACCCUUUUGCCAUCCAGCAACUAACAUUGGAAUCUGGCAGACUGCAUUUGAAAUGCUGGGAUACUUCUCUGUUAUCACAAAUUGCUUCCUGAUCUGCAUUUCCCCUCAGGUGAGGGAGUUUGCCAAAGACUAUGGUAUCACAACAGGACAACUGAUUCUGUACACAGCCAUAGUGGAGCAUUUCUUUAUUGUACUGAAAAUCAUCAUUGCCUGUGCCAUUCCAGAUGAACCAGAAUGGGUGCGGAUAAAAGUGGCACAGAUUGAGCACAAGUCACAGAAUGCCCUAAAAUACAAGCUACUACAGCAGAUGGAAAGCACUAUCCCAGACAUUCAAACAGAAGUGAAUGGAAAACGAAAGCGCUGAUGAUGGAAAGUUUACUCAAGGCCAUCGUGUUAAUCUAUUACAAAUGAAUUAAGAACAGACGUCUGUCAGCAGAUACCAGAAUUUUCACUCACAGCUGGUCUCUUACUGCAUGAACCAAAUUUUAUAAGGAAAUCUGAAUCCCCAAAUCCAUUGCUUAACUCUCAAUAAAUGCAGUGACUUUAGAACUGGACAUAUGGUGAAAAUACUCACAUCAUCUUCAUCUGGGUGCAGACUGGACUUGAGUUGUUGGAUAUUGAUGCACAGAGAUUAUUUAAAUUAUUUCUAAAACUGCUCUUUAUGAAGGAUAAGACUAAAGGUAUUUCAGUUUCUUAAGGAGCACCUACUCUCUUCCACCACAGGUUUUGUCAGAAUCUACAGGUUACUGCAUUUGUCAGGUUUAGAGAAAUGUCACUGUUCCCAUGGCAGUGUGUGUGUGUGUGUGUGUGUGUGUGUGUGUGUGUGUGUGUGUGUGUG